GGGCGGGUAUAACAUAAAUUAUGUGUUCAACUUUAUAUAUAAUAGAUAAACUUGGAUAACUUAUCAUUUUUCAUUUGGAGAAGGUCUAAAAAUGUUUAAUUUCACAUUAGAUAAUUUGAAUAACUUUUUAUUUCCAAGCGUAACCUUGGCUUUCAUAAAAGACUUUGGAAGAAGAUCUCUGGAAAAGGGUCAAAUGUGCUAUUUUGUUGUUUUAUCCGGGUUUAGUAGUCUCAUGAUUGUUAUCUCAUAUUCUUAUAAACUAACAUUACAACUGUAGUUUAGUUGGUCCCAAAAAUUGCCUAUUUUGGUACAUGGGAUAUUUCGAGAUUAUCAUGCUAUUAUCAUUUUAAGUUAUUACCAAACGACCCCUUUUGUUUUAGGUGGAAUGGUUUUCUUAGAAUGAGGAACUUCCACUUUCGUUGAAGCACUUCAUUUAAUGCACGAGAUCAUGAGUUGAUUCCUUCUACCGCUACUUCUAAAAUCUACUUUUUCUCCACCUUCCAUUUGGUGCUUCUGCAUUCCAGGAAAGUAUCUCCAAGAAUUAGCCUUAGUAAUAUGUUUUGGACUCAUAAAGCUCACCAAGUGAUCCUAAAUAUCAGUCAUCUACGGACUUGGAAAUGGUCUAAGUAUAUGGUAAAACUUAAAAGCCACCAAACCUGGUUGUUAAUAAGCAAAUUAUAGUAUAUGUGGUUGUUGGAUAGUCUUUGACAUAGUUGUCCUAAUUAGAUAGAAACGCUUAACAAACCUCCAAUCGUUUUCUUAUGUCCAAGUAAUUUCAAAUUGACUUCUCUAUAUAGUACACUGCCUAAUCCCAAAUAAAUAAGAAAUAAAAAAGACACAAAAAAGAAAUACCAAAGCUUACAUUUUUUUCUUUCUUUUUCAACAACUCAAAAAUCAACUCUCUAGGUAAGUUUUCAUUUACUUUAAGAGAGCACCUUUAAUUUGAUUUCCUCCACAGUUUAGAUUCAGUCAAUGUGUUGUUUCCAUGACUUCCAUAAUAAAGAAAAAGUGUAGUAUCAUCAAGUGAAGCCAUUUUUAUCACCCAACUUCCUUUGUUUAUCAUCUUCUUCGUGCUUUAUUUCCACCUAAUUUUCUACUCACCAUAUACUUGUUUAGUAAUCCAUUGCCUUCUUCCUUGGCCACAUCCAUUUCACAGUUUCCUCCAAAUGAAUUCGCAAAGCUUUUGCUUCUUCUCUUUGCUCACUCUGGCUUCCUCCCUUGUACUAAUUCAUGUACCUCAAGGUUCGAGUAAUCCUAACGAGUUCUACCAGCCUUGUGGGAAAAAGUAUACGUGUGGCAAUAUUACGGGAUUAAGUUAUCCUUUUCUCAGUGUCAAUGACCCUCCCUUCUGUGGCUAUCCUGGUUUUGAGUUCAAAUGCAAUCAGGAUAGUACUACUACUAUGGUCAUCAACAACAUCAAUUAUCGAAUUUUAAACGUACAUCCAACAACCCAAACAAUGAGGGUUGUGAGGGAGGAUAUGAUGGAAUCACCUUGUCCUGUUGAUUUAGUUAACACCACUCUGGACUACUCCCUCUUUGAUUUCGCUGCUGGCUAUACAAACUUGACCUUCUUAUAUAAUUGUCCUGUUUCGUACAUUGAGAUAAUGGAUGUUACCGCUUGUAGAAACAGCAAAUACCACAAUGUUUUCGUGUUGCCGGGUGCUGUUGGCCCCGGGAAGUGCACUGCUAGUGUCACAGUUCCAGUGCUUCAGACGAGUGCCGUUACUGUGGGGUCCUUGAAUUCAUCAGGUUUGGGACAAUUACUACAAGAGGGGUUUGAUAUAAGAUGGAAACUUGAUGGUAAAGCCUGCAGUGAAUGUACUCAAAAAAAGGGAAGAUGUGGGUACGAUGAAUUUAGUAAGAAAACAACAUGCUUUUGUCCUGGUCCUCCUCUUGAAUCUUCUGCAUGUUCAGCUGCUGCUUUUGCAUACCCACCACCAUUUUCAAUAUCUGUACCAUCUCCAUCCCCAGGUAAUGCAAAGAAAAGUCAGACUCCACUGACAGUAGGCCUUAGCGUAGGAGGUGCUGUACUUGCAGGCAUUGGCGUUGGGUGGCUAAUCUUCUUCUGCAGACAAAGAAAAAAGCAGAUUGCUUCAGAGGCUUCACCUGCCCAAACCGAAAGGAAAGAUCUUCCAAUUUUAAGUUCAAGCAAUGGCCUGACUUCUUCUUCUUCUUCUCCUUCUUCAACCAAUUUCACCAGAAGCAUUCCCUCUUAUCCCUCUUCCAAAUCUGAAGCUGAUUACGGGAGGGGAAGCUCCUACUUUGGGGCUCAUGUCUUCAGUUUUGCUGAACUUGAAGAAGCCACAAAUAAUUUUGAUCAAUCCAAAGAACUAGGGGAUGGUGGCUUUGGUGUCGUGUACUUUGGCAAGCUCCAGGAUGGUCGUAAGAUUGCAGUCAAGCGCUUGUAUGAGAACAAUUUCAAGCGUGUAGAGCAGUUCAUGAAUGAAGUAGAGAUUUUAACAAAGCUCCGCCACAAGAACCUAGUAACAUUGUAUGGGUGUACAUCUAAACGAAGCCGAGAUUUACUGCUUGUUUAUGAGUAUAUACCAAAUGGGACAGUGGCUGAUCAUCUGCAUGGAAAACGGGCCAAAUCUGGCUUACUCUCUUGGCCAGUCCGAAUGAACAUAGCUAUUGAGACUGCUGAUGCUCUGGCUUAUCUCCACUCCUCAGUUAUAAUACACCGUGAUGUCAAAACCAACAACAUUCUGUUAGAUAACGAUUUCCAUGUGAAAGUUGCUGAUUUUGGUUUAUCAAGACUGUUCCCAAAUAAUGUCACACAUGUCUCCACUGCUCCACAGGGUACACCAGGCUAUGUUGAUCCUGAAUACUACCAGUGUUACCAUCUCACUGAAAAGAGUGAUGUCUAUAGUUUUGGGGUAGUCUUGGUGGAGCUUAUCUCAUCAUUAGAAGCUGUGGAUACCGACAGGCACCGCCAUGAUAUUAAUUUGGCUAAUAUGGCUGUGAACAAGAUCCAAAGUCAUUCAAUGCAUGAAUUAGUUGAUCCAAAUCUUGGAUUCUCGACAAACAGCUCCGUGAGGAGGAUGACUACAUUAGUCGCUGAGUUAGCUUUCCGAUGUCUGCAACAGGAGAGAGAUCUUAGACCUUCAAUGCAAGAAGUGCUGGAGACAUUGAGAGGCAUCCAGGAUGGAGAGUCGAAAGCACACAAGGCUGAGGUACUGGAUAUUGUGGUAGAUGAUGUUGGGCUCCUAAAGGGCUCUUGUUCCUCUCCAGAUUCAGUUGCCCCAAACAAAUGAGUUAACUGCUCCACACCACAUUCUAGUGGAGGAAAUCAUGAAAUAUCUUUUUCAGGUUUGUUGAAUUCAAUAUGCUAGACAAAGAAGCAACUACUAAUUUGGCACUUGUGAUCAGCUUCAUCUUUGGGCUAGUAUCCUGCGUCUUCCAAUGUUCAUUUAAUCUCUUAUUUUUGCUUACAUAUAGUUAUCUUGUUUUAGUCAAUAUUGUCUGUGGGAGAUUAUCUACUGCUUUUCGCAUAAGGCAAUGUAAAUAGUGAAUAGGGCUGGCAACAUUGUAGUAUAUACAUAUGCUUCUCUGCUCUUUGUUCGUCAGGUUUAUUUUCUUUAUUGGCCUUUCGGCCCAUCUAUUUUAUCACCUUAAAGUUCA